AUGGUUGCUUCUCGCGAAACACGCAGCGAGUCGGAAGCAUUUUUGCGCGGCUCGGAUGCAAACGUGGGGAGGCCCGGCACCUCACGGGAGCGUGAGACUGACGCCUAUUUUGGCGACAGAGGUAUUGUGAACACCAGGGAGGAGGGGGAACACGCGUAUGCGGACGUGCAGACCACACAUAUGAAGACGGUGAGGGCGACGACUUCUACUCCGGCGCGGCAUCUUCUGUCGCGCCCUUCAACGCAGGACAAGAUUGCAGCAUAUAUUGCAGCUGCAAAGAAGAUGAUGGUUGCCUGUCGUGCGGAAAAGACGAAGGUCAACCCCGAGAAGAAGCCAGCGAAAAAGAUAAGCCAAGCAAAGAAGAAGAUGUCGAAACCCACGCUCACGUCCAGAGCAAUAGAGUCCAAGGAGGCCUGUGAACUCGUUGCUGUGAACUGGACACCAAGAAAUGCUCCUGUAUAUAUACUUAACGAAAGUAGACAUGAAAGCAUUUGCUCAAAAUGUCCUAGUGCGCAGACGAACACUGACACUUUACGCGCUCGCAAGGUCAUCAUGACCGCCCAGAAGCCGCUUGCUGCAUCCAGUGAGCAGAACCAUAGGUAG